AUCAGAUGGCUUGUGGCAUGCAGGGGCUCAGUGUGGGCUGCAGCAGCUAAGAGAGAGAGUUUUUGAAGUUACUUUUGCUUUGCUUUGGAGUUAGUUCAAGGAGGACAACGUUCCUAGAAGAGAAUAGGAGACAAAGUAAGGGACUGGGAACACUCUUCAUUUUCAAUGGAAUGAGGACUGGUUCUGUUAGUUGCAGUCUCCUCUAAGAGUUUUUGUUUCUGACAUUGUGCCUUUGAAGCCACAGCAUUGUUUUAAACCACUUUCUUCAUGUUUUAUGGGUAAGUGGCUAACAAACGAAGAGGCUGAAUUCAUCCUGAAAACAAGUUCAGAAAGUACUCUUAGUUUUUGGCAUCUGCUCAGAGCAGGACUUUCAGCAGUUUUCAAUAGUUCUGAAAGGCUUGGAGAGAAAAUUCUGCUACCAUGGCAGAUCAUGUUAUUGAAGGGUCCGAAAACUACACUGGCAAAGAUGAGUUGGACUGGGGCUAUGAAGAAGGCGUCGAGUGGGGUCUUCUGUUUCCUGAGGCAAAUGGAGAGUACCAGUCCCCCAUAAACCUGAAUUCUAGAGAGGCACAAUAUGACCCUCGGCUCUUGGAAGUGGGGCUUAACCCUAACUAUGUAGUUUGCAGGGAAUGUGAGGUCAUUAAUGAGGGUCACACUGUGAGGAUCAUUCUCAAGUCCAAAUCAGUUGUUACUGGUGGCCCUCUGCCCAGCGACCAUGAGUAUGAACUGAGCGAGGUGCGCUUCCACUGGGGAAAAGAGAACCAGAGGGGUUCUGAACACACUGUAAACUUCAAGGCCUUUCCGAUGGAGCUUCAUCUAAUCCACUGGAACUCUACAUUAUUCAGCAGCAUGGAGGAGGCCAUGGGCAAGAAAAAUGGCAUUCUCAUCAUUGCCUUAUUUGUGCAGAUAGGGAAGGAACAUCUUGGGCUGAAGGCCAUCACAGACGUCCUGCAGGAUCUGCAGUACAAGGGGAAGACAAAAAUAAUUCCAUGUUUCAACCCAAACACAUUAUUACCUGAUCCUCUGCUAAGAGAUUAUUGGGUGUAUGAGGGCUCUUUAACCACACCGCCUUGUAGUGAGAAUGUCAUCUGGAUUCUCUACCGUUACCCACUAACCAUCUCUCAAAUGCAGAUUGAGGAGUUCCGUCGGCUCCGGUCUCACAUUAAAGGAGCCGAGCUUCUGGAAGGGAAUGAUGGGAUGCUGGGAGACAACUUUAGACCCACCCAGCCCCUGAGUGACAGGGUGGUCAGGGCAGCUUUCCAGUAGAACCUCCACAGCAGGAUCCUUUUUAAUCUGGCAGGAGUAAAUUUACCGGAGAUUGUAUUAUUUUCACUGUUUGUUCAAGUGGAGCGCCCUCAUUUGAAGAUAAUGCAGUGGCUUAUGUAUGGCUUUGACUGCUCUGUGUAAAGGAGGAGUUAGAUUAGGCUCAACACAUUAGCUGAUUAAAUGUCUCAUUGUCUGGGUUUUGGAGGGAGCCCAUCUGGGUCUUCAGGGAGCAAACUUAGAUAGUAUGUAUGUUAAUUUUGAGAUACCGCAUAAGAAUGGUGCAUGGAAACACCAUAAUGCAAAAAAUAAUCAAAAAUGUGCAUAAACAAAUGAUAAUCUACGGUCGCUUAUAUUGGAUACAUUUUUUGUUUUGUAAGAAAACAUGCACAAAAACUACUAUGGAAACACAUUACUGUAUAAAGUCAUGUGACUUACUAAUUAGUUAGUAACUAGACUAACCAGCGGACAAACAUCUCAAAUGUUGCUUUAAAAAGCUGGAAGCAAAUUUGUUUUACAAAUUGAUAAAUUUUUUCCAUUACCUCCCAGAACUGUAUGAUAUGCUGUGGCUCCAAAAUGUAAGGCAUCUGCUGUCGAUAGUUUGCAAACAUGAACUACGUCAGAGCAUUUGUCUGUGUGCUCUAAACUGCAAGUAAUGUAUUACAUUUAAUAAAACCCAGUGGCUACAACUUCCAUUUCCAUUUGGAUUUUGGAGCAAUUUCCCCACAAGUGACAACACGUGAUGGAAAUGCUACUUUUUUCCCCCCGCAAAUUCAUUCUGACUACUGUUAAUAAUACAGACUUAAACAUAACUGGAAUUUGAUUUCCAAUUGACCAUAAUUCUGUAAAACUGUUCAAAGGGUCUUGCUAAACGUACUUAGUGGAAACAGGCAAUAUUCUGUUAACAGUAUUAGCAUCACUACACAAUGGAGUGCUGCAAGGGUUAGAGUAACCCAGUUCCUUCUGAUCUAGGACUAACUGCAGCAUUGUGUAAAGAUCUAUUUAUUUCCGGGCUCUCAAGGGGGAACCUGGGUCUGCCUGGGUAUUACUAAUUUUGAAAGGAGACUUUGAGCAGGCUCAAUUUAAGCUGUAAUGAUGCAGUACUUCUAAAAGAGUCCAAUGCUAUAACCAGAAUAAUCCAAACAAAUUUCUUCUUUUCCACUACUGUAUUUCUAUACUACACUUUAGAGUGUGUUAUUAAAACAUAAGGUUCACUCAGUAACUUUUGUGUUUAUGUGAUCUUGGACUUACAUUGAUACCUAUGGCGGUGUAUGCAGCAUCAUUUAAAAUCAAUAGUUUUUAGUUUCAGAUGCCAUUGUAGUAUUUAGUAUUCACAGUCAGCCAUGAUUAAUUUAAUCCACAAGUGAAAGUGUCCAAUAACAGGGCAGCUACAGAGAUUAAGAUGGAUAUUCGGUGGGUCAUGUGAUUUUAAAAUGGCAGCCCCCAUGAGGAGACCCUCUCCAUGAAGAGUAAAAUGGCUUUAAUAAGGUUACAGUAAUGGCUGGAGUUUUUAUUUUAUGUGACCGGUUUUGAUUGUAUACAUAAGUUACAAAAUUACAAUUCAUUUUAAUAGGAGUAAAAUGUUUUUACUGAGGAAAAAAUU